AUGUCAUUAUCAUCCGUCGGUGAGCAGUUAACGAUCUAUGUUGGUUCUGUUAUUCUUAUUGCACGUAUACUCGGUAAUGGCAUAAACAUUUUCAUAUUUUUAAGUGUGCGUACCUAUCGCAAAACUCCUUCUACAUUCUAUUUCCUUGUUGGUUCAAUUCACAACUUCCUUUACCUAGCGAUUAAUCUUACGUUUCGUGUUGUUAGUGUAGGUUCUGGAUUUGAUUUAACUCGCACUUCAUUAGCUUGGUGCAAGGCACGAUCGUUUUUCCUUAGCACUAUUAGUGUGAUUUCGUUCACUUGUUUAUGUUUGGCUACAAUCGAUCAAUUUCUAGCAACAUCACAAAGUGCUCAUCUUCGCCGUUACAGUAAAAUAGAAUUAGCUCAUCGAAUUGUAUUGUUUGCUAUCGUUGUCUGGUAUCUUCAAGGAAUUCCUUGGAUUUUGUUCCAAAAUAUUUCACCAACCAGUAAUACAUGUGUGCGCACUAACAAUGUCUAUGCCAUUUAUGUAUCGGUAUACCUUCUCGUCGUUCUUUGUGUCAUUCCAGUCCUAGUAAUUAUCGUGUUUGGAUGGCUGACUUAUCGUAAUAUCCGCCUAACAAUUGUGCUUGCUGAGCUACGUGCUGAUCGUCAAGUGACAAAAAUGACUUUGGUUCAAAUAUUUCUUGUUAUUAUUAGUAUCAUUCCCUAUGGCAUUAAUAAUGCUUACGGUUUGAUCACAGCUGGAAUGACUAAAGAUGUUAAUCAACAAUUGGAAGAAAGUUUUACCUCGACAAUCGUUGGUCUCAUAGGUUAUCUGUAUUAUAUGGGUAACUUCUACAUGUUCUUGAUUUCAUCAAGUCGCUUUCGUCAUGCAGUAACAGAUCGCAUAAUCUAUGGGCGAAACCCAAAUCGAAUAAAUCCAACUUAA